GGUCAGUUGAGUGUAGCAGGUGUCCAGAGCGGUUCUGGUCCAACCCCGAUCGUACGGCCUGCGUCCCACAGCUGGUGGACUUCCUCUCCUACAGCGACACCAUGGGCGUCAUCCUGUCCUUCAUCUCAGUUUCCGGGGCAACGCUCACAGCUGGUACCCUGGCCACCUUCUUCUACCACCGCCAUACGCCCCUGGUGAAAGCCAACAACUCUGAGCUCAGCUUCCUGCUCCUGGUGUCACUCAAGCUCUGCUUCCUGUGUGCAUUGGUUUUCAUUGGCUGGCCGAAGCCGUGGACUUGCAUGCUGAGACACACCCUGUUUGGUAUAAGCUUUGUGUUCUGCAUCUCCUGUCUGCUCAGCAGGACUGUGGUGGUGCUGGUGGCCUUCAGGGCCACUCUGCCUGGAGAGAACCUGAUGAGAU